GGGUCGCGGGCUCUGAGCGGCCCCUGCCCGAUGGCAGCAGUAGUUCUAGGGGGCGACACCAUGGGUCCUGAACAUAUCUUCCCCAAUCAGACUGAGGAAGUGGGGCCACAUCAGGGCCCCACGGAAGGCACUGGGGAUUGGAGCAGUGAGGAACCAGAGGACGAACAAGAGGAAACAGGGGCAGGACCAGCUGGCUACUCCUACCAGCCUCUGAACCAAGAUCCUGAACAAGAGGAGGUGGAACUGGCACCAGUGGGGGAUGGAGAAGAUGUAGUUACUGAUAUCCAGGAUCGGAUCCAGGCCCUGGGGCUUCAUUUGCCGGACCCACCACUAGAAAGUGAGGACGAAGAUGAGCAGGGAGCUAUAGCAUUGAACAACCACAGCUCUAUUCCCAUGGACCCAGAACAUGUAGAGCUGGUAAAAAGGACAAUGGCUGGCAUAAGCCUGCCUGCGCCAGGGGUUCCUGCCUGGGCUCGUGAGAUAUCAGAUGCCCAGUGGGAAGACGUGGUACAAAAGGCCCUCCAAGCCCGGCAGGCCUCCCCUGCCUGGAAGUGACUACCCUGAGAGCUGCCCUAACUCCCUGCAUUCCAGGCCAGAACCUGCACAGGACUAAACAUAUCCUGGUUGUCACAUACAUCUCCAUCCUCCCCAGCUCCCCUCCACAUCAAGGCAAAUCAGACUUCUUCUCAGAGACCCACACAAGGG